GUCGGCGGCGACGGCGGCGGCGGCAACUCGUGGAUACCGAAGAAAGCUUCAAACGCGUUUGAAGCUUUCGAGGUCGUAUUCAUGGAACUAUGAACCUGGACUCGUUGUCUUUUACUUUGUCACAAAUCAGUUAUUUGGUUGCGAAUUUGAGUAAAAAAAGUUUCGAGGACAUCUGUCAAGAGAUAUCGGAUUUGGUGCAGUGUGGUGGUCUAGAGGCAGAUCGACAUUUGUUCCGCUGUCUGAUAUCGUGCGUUGACUUUUCCAAGGGUGAACUGUCAGAUUCGAGUGCGAAAGAUUAUUUCCAAACAAAGUUGCUAAAACAGGAGUGUAAUAGCUUGUUGAGCAAACCUUCAUUUAUAUCUACUUUGUGCUUUGCUAUAGAUAAUCCUUUACAUCAUCAAAAGUCAUUAAAUUUUUCUCCAAAGUUUUUUACUAAUUUGAAGAAAACACUUGGCUUGACUUUGGUACAAGAGGUCACGUUUGCGAUUGCGUUGCAGCAUUCAGAAAACGCUGAAAUUCGUGCUUUAGCCUUAGAGCAUACUCAAAAGCAGCUGCCUGAAUUGAUAAAAAAUUACAUAAACUCUGAGACUAGUAACAAGCAUCAGGAAGGUGGUUUGCACGACUCUUUGCCUCAGGUCCUUCAUCUGAUACUUAGCCAAGCUUUUCAUACUGCCAAUCCAUACAAUUUACCUGUGGAAACAAAAGAAAAAUUUCUUAAACAUUUGCGACGUGACUUUCCUCGUGAACUAGUACCAGUGGUACUAGCACCAUUCUUGUAUCCAGCAGACGAGGAAACUCUGCAAUUCAAAAUUGAAUUAAACAUGGCUGUCACUCAAAUGGAUAGCAACACUCUUGUAGAGUUGAUAAUGGAAUUAGGAUACAGCUUUACUAGUAAUAUAGAAGAAUGUCGAUCGGCAUUAACGGGUUUAGGUGCCAGGGAGAUAUCCCCAGCAUGUGUUGCUCGUGUAUUAUCACAAAUGGCACGUAGCUGUAGCAACCUGGAUGAUGCUGGAGGCCUACAAACAUUUUGGGGCAAUUCAACUACCUCGCAAGACUCCAAUAAAGAGAAAUCAUCAGACAGUACCAUUCCCACAACAUGGAACGUUGAAGUAUUCGUCCUAACAUUGAAAGAGAUACAAUCUACAUUGUCUUGGAACGAAGUCAUCGUGAAAUUGGAUCAUGCAGAAUUCCUUAUUAAAGACAGGCAAGGUUUAAACUUGUUGAUCACGGGUCUCAAGUUGGGCUUACAACAUCAAGGAUAUCCACCUGAUAUGUUUCCUGUUGAGCUUUUGUAUCGGCACUGGGAAAAUGUAGAAGGCCAAUUUUCUUUAAUUCAGCAAAUCCUUAAGUGCCCAGACAUAUUUUGUUUCGCUGAUUAUCCGUAUCAUUCGGUAACAGUCGAUGUAUUGAAAGCAGCUCCUGAGGGCGAUAGUAAGGAAGGACAAACUUGGCGAUCAUUGAACAUAGUCGAGUUACUUUUACAUAUGGCUGAAAGAGGCUUGUACACUCCUGUACAUGAAAUCUUCAAAUGGCCACUCCAACAUUGCCCGGAUGUGCUCAUUUUAGCAUUACUACAGAUAAAUCCACCUUUUACAUUACUAAGGCAGGAAAUGUUUACUACGCUAUUACCAAUCUUUCUUGGCAACCAUCCAAAUUCUGCUGUGAUACUGCAUCAUGCGUGGCAUGCUAAUAAUCCCAAAAUAAAAACACUUAUAAUGCAUGCUAUGGCGGAUUGGUAUACGCGUGGUGAUCACGAUCAAACGAGAUUAUCGCGCAUCUUGGAUGUUGCGCAGGAUUUAAAAGCACUAUCUGCUUUACUUAAUUCACAAUCUUUUCCAUUUGUCAUUGAUCUUGCUUGUUUGGCAUCUCGACGAGAGUAUCUGAAACUUGAAAAAUGGUUAACAGACAAGAUUAGGGACCAUGGAGAAGUUUUUGUUGCUGCAUGUGUCAAAUUUCUACAACGACGGUGUCCUCAAGUCAUGGGCCCUGGUAUCAAAGAAGAUCCUACAGUUCCCAAGGCAAGCCAACUGCCACAGGAAACACUCACUACAAUUUUGGCUUGCUUGCAAGUUUGCGCCGGAAGUGUCUCCCAAGAACUUUCGGAAUUAAUAAUGACGAUGGUGCAAAAUUGUAGUCUAAUGCUGAGUAAGAGCACCAUGAAUAGACCACCACCACCGGGAGUUCUGAGGCAUCGAGGAUUAGAACCGUUUAAUCCAGCAACUUUGGGAAGCCAACUAUUUUCCUCGAAGCAAGUGGAUCCUCUUGGAAAUCUUGGUUCAAGCCUUGCUUCCAUGGGUCUAGGCACAGGCCUUGGACCGCCAAGUAGCUCCGCAUUCAAUUUACCUGGCGCGCUAGGUCCUUUGGUUUCGGCGCCCGGAUCUCCCUCACGACUCAUGGGACCUUCUCCCAGUCCAUUUCCUAUGUUGCCGUUAUCUUCGCAAUUACACUCAGGUCCAGUUGGUACUCAGGGACCAUCUGUGCUUCCUGGUGGUACAAUAGGUGGAUUGGGACGUCUCGGACCGCCAGCCGGUAUUGAAAAAGCGAGAAUGCCGGAAACCUCCAAUUUGUUUCCAGAUAUGGGACAAAAUGUAUCCAAAGAGGUUGAAGACGAAGCUAACAGUUAUUUUCAACGUAUUUACAAUCAUCCUCCACAUCCGACUCUAUCGAUCGACGAAGUGCUUGAUAUGUUGAAAAAAUUCCAAGACUCUGGUAUUAGACGGGAAAGAGAAGUGUUUAACUGUAUGCUGCGAAAUUUAUUCGAAGAAUACAGAUUUUUUCCACAGUAUCCGGAAAAGGAAUUGCAAAUAACAGCACAAUUGUUUGGUGGGAUUAUCGAAAGGGGUCUUGUUAACAGUUAUAUGACACUUGGAUUAGCUCUACGAUUCGUUCUUGAUGCGCUUAAAAAACCUGAAGGUAGCAAGAUGUAUUAUUUUGGUAUAACGGCUUUGGAUCGAUUUAAGAGUCGUUUGAAGGAAUAUCAAACAUACUGCGAACACGUCCGAACGAUUUCGCAUUUCACCGAAUUUCCACCUCACUUAGUGGAAUAUAUCGAAUACGGAUUACAAGGACAAGAACCACCAUCGAGGCCACAAGGUCCAAAAACUUUAGCGGCAAUGUUGGCUCCAGUAACAACCCCGUACAAAACUAUGACUACAACUACCAUCACAACUAGCACUACACAAGCGAAACCAUCUACGACUCCGACUACGUCUCUUUCAGCUAGACCUUCUAUGCCCUCGGUCGCCAAUGCAACUAAUAUCGAUACGUUACUUGUGGCAACAGAUAAAGAAGAAAAAAUAACCACACCACCGGAAGCUUUACAAGAUAAAACUGCUUUCAUCUUCAAUAAUCUCAGUCAAUUGAACCUGCAACAGAAAUGUGACGAGAUCCGUGAGAUUGUCACGGAAGAAUACUGGCCAUGGAUGGCACAGUAUUUGGUGAUGAAACGUGCCAGUAUAGAAUUAAACUUUCAUGCUCUAUACUCUAAUUUUUUGGAUUGUAUAAAAUUACCUGAAGUGAAUAAAAUGGUAACAAGAGAAACAUUCCGAAAUAUCAAGGUUCUCUUACGAAGCGAUAAGGGAAUAGCAAAUUUCUCUGACCGGUCUCUAUUGAAAAAUUUAGGACACUGGCUCGGAAUGUUGACACUUGGUAGAAACAAGCCUAUUUUACAGAUAGACAUAGAUUUAAAAAGCUUACUCGUUGAAGCAUAUCAUAAAGGGCAGCAAGAGCUUCUUUAUGUAGUGCCCUUUGUUGCAAAAGUACUUGAGAGUUGUGCAAAAAGUCGUGUAUUUCGGCCACCCAAUCCAUGGACCAUGGCAAUUAUGAAUGUUUUAGCCGAGCUACAUCAAGAGCCUGAUUUAAAAUUGAACUUAAAAUUUGAAAUAGAGGUACUUUGCAAGAAUCUCAGCAUUGAUGUUGGGGAAUUAAAACCGAUCAUUUACUUGAAAGAUCCUGAAAAAUUACGCAAUCUGGAUUAUCAGUUGUCACAUCCAAACAAGAAAUCAGAGCCGACUAGUAAUCAACAGCAAUCUCAGGGGCCUAUGGAAGAAUUGGUUGGAUCGACGACGAGCGGUACUAUCAAUCCUCAAACUGCGCCACCUGCGGAUACAACACCCUCAUUGCCAGCUGGUCAACCCGAGCCACGAUUUAAUUACAUGGAUAUAUCUGUAACGGGCAUUGCUAAUAUAUCUCAACACAUUACCAUUAACAAUCAAAUACCUCUAUUCCAAACACAUCCUCAUUUGAAACAAUUUAUUCGCCCUGCUGUUGAAAGAGCAAUUCAGGAAUGGAUCCAUCCCGUCGUGGAUAGGUCCAUUAAAAUUGCUCUUACAACCAGCGAGCAAAUUGUGAGAAAAGAUUUUGCAUUGGAUCCAGAAGAAUUGCGAGUACGUACAGCAGCGCGUCACAUGGCGCGCAAUCUAACCGCUGGCAUGGCUAUGAUUACAUGUCGUGACCAGAUCCUGGCAUCGAUUAGUACGAAUCUGAAACAAGCGUUCCUCACAGCGUUGAUUGGUACGACUCCGCAGCAGAAAGAACUUGUCGAACUUGCGGCAAAUCAAGUCGCUACUGAAAACAUGGAACUUGCAUGUGCAUUCGUACAAAAGACAGCUAUUGAGAAAGCAGUACCCGAAAUGGACAAACGACUAUUAAACGAAGUUGAGUUGCGAAAACUUGCUCGGCAAGAAGGGAGAAGAUACUGUGAUCCUAUUGCUAAGUAUCAAGCCGAGAGGAUGCCAGAGCAGAUAAGACUGAAAGUCGGUGGCGUAACGCCUCAGCAAAUGGCUGUAUAUGAAGAAUUUGCUAGAAAUAUUCCAGGAUUUCUUCCGCUUUCCGAACGAGAUACGCAAACACUUUUUAUACCGAAACCUAUUUCUGAGGCUCCUCUCACUGCAUUCACGCCCAACUCUGCGAUGGCAGCAGUCGCUACAGCACAAGUAGCAGCCUAUGCAACUGUAGCAGUUAGCAACGACGAAGUAGGUGCAAUGUUGGAAAAACUUGCGACGGAAGUUGAAGUCUUAGCGGCUGCGAUGGCACCUGCGGUACCUCCACAGCAGCAUGCUAUUCUUCACAGUCUUCUAGAAUCGAUCAUACUUACGAGAAGAUCAAGAGAUGCCAAUGCAGCUAUGGCGUUAUUAAAGAAAGCUGUUGAAGGUUUAUUAGACGGACCCAUCUUUAAUAGUGGCGUCAUCGACUCUGAUAAUCUAAUACAACGUUACAGAGAACUACAUUUACGGAUCUUGAAGUGUCUUCAAGAUCAACGCGCGUAUGGUAUGCAAUGGACCAACAAGCACGUGACUCGUUGUCUAAUCGAAUGCCGGGAAGACUACCGAUAUAACUUUGAAGCUGUAGACUACCUCAUAAGAUCUCACUUGAUUAGUCUUCCGCAAUACGACAUAGCUGUAGCGCAAGCUGUAGAGGCGGGAAAUGCUUUGGCAACAGUAUUCGCUAUGCAGUUGGUUCAACUUUAUUUGAUUGAUGAGAGACAGGCAACUCAUGUUACCGAAACUGACUUAUUUCAUACACUUGAGAUAUUGGCUCGAAUGUCACAUCACCGAACACCACCGGAAGGAAUCUCACUCUAUAGAUUGACAAGUCUAGUAGAGUCACUACGUGCCAAUCACGAUACGAAUGCCGUAUUGGUAGACAGAGCUCCAGCAGGACCUACGGCACACAUUCAUUCUGGAAUCCUGCAGGUGAGAGCUCGGGAUUUUGACGAUCCACCCGGACUGAUGGAUAAGACAGAAUAUCUAUUACGUGAAUGGGUGCAAAUGCAUCAUAAUCCACAGUACGCGCGAGAUCCCACGAAAGCGUUUAGCAUAUUUGUUCAUCAAAUGAACAUUCAUGGCAUCCUGAAGACUGACGAUCUCAUCACGAGAUUCUUCAAGUUGAGCACACAAAUGUGCGUCGACCUUUGCUACCGAACUCUAUCAGAAACUGGCUUAGCUCCCUCGAUAAUACGUGCGAAGUGCUUCCAUUCAUUGGAUGCGUUCGUACGUCUCGUAGCACUUCUGGUGAAGCACUCGGGCGAUGCUACCAAUACCCACACCAAAAUUAAUCUUUUGAAUAAGGUGCUGGGUAUCGUCGCCGGUGUGCUAUUACAGGACCACGAAAUACGUGGUGCCGAUUUCCAACAAUUGCCGUAUCAUAGAAUCUUUAUCAUGCUGUUCUUGGAAUUAUGCGCGCCUGAGCCGGUACUGGAGGCCGUGAAUUUCCAAGUUCUAACUGCUUUCUGUCAUACUCUGCACAUUUUGCGACCAGCAAAAGCAUCAGGUUUUUGUUAUGCCUGGCUGGAGUUGGUUUCGCACCGAGUCUUCAUCGGUCGCAUGCUGGCUAUUACGCCCGGGCAAAAAUGUUGGGGGAUGUACGCGCAACUUCUUAUCGAUCUAUUCAAGUACCUCGCACCUUAUCUUCGAAAUGCGGAGCUAGCGAAGCCUGUGACGAGUCUGUACAAAGGGACCUUGCGUGUGUUGCUCGUACUGCUUCAUGACUUUCCGGAGUUCCUUUGCGAUUAUCAUUAUGGAUUUUGCGAUGUGAUACCACCGAAUUGCAUACAAAUGAGAAAUCUAAUCUUGAGUGCGUUUCCGAGAAAUAUGCGUCUACCCGAUCCGUUCACGCCGAAUCUGAAGGUUGAUAUGCUGCAGGAAAUAGCGCAGCCUCCGCGUGUUCUCACCAAUUUCGCGUCAACAAUACAGCCGUUGACUUUCAAGAAAGAACUCGAUUCUUAUCUGAAGGCUCGUGCACCGGUCACCUUUCUAUCCGAACUUCGUAGCAAUUUACAAGUGUCGCAAGAGGCCGGCGUACGCUAUAACAUUCAGCUGAUGAAUGCUCUAGUGCUCUACGUAGGCACACAAGCUAUACUAUUUAUUCGCAGCAAAGGUCACGCUCCUAACAUGUCUACUAUCGCACAUUCCGCACACAUGGAUAUCUUCCAGAAUUUGGCCGUAGAUCUGGAUACCGAAGGCCGAUAUUUGUUCCUAAACGCCAUAGCGAAUCAGUUACGAUAUCCUAACAGUCACACGCAUUACUUCAGUUGUACGAUUCUCUACUUAUUCGCGGAAGCGAAUACGGAAGCGAUACAGGAACAAAUCACGAGGGUUCUUCUGGAAAGACUGAUUGUAAACAGACCACAUCCAUGGGGACUUCUCAUCACUUUCAUCGAACUGAUCAAGAAUCCGACGUAUAAAUUUUGGUCACACGAGUUUGUACAUUGCGCGCCGGAGAUUGAAAAAUUGUUCGAAUCUGUAGCUAGGUCAUGUAUGGUACAGAAGCAGGUACCUACAACGGAAACGGAGAUUCCAGAGUGAUAGAGCGUUUUAAUUCUUGCUGUGUGUAUAGUAAAAUGAAAGUUAAUGACUGAAUAUUGCUUGUAAAAAGUUGUAGGGAUAAAUGUACUAUCGCGUUUAAAUUUUUGAGAUGGGUAGAUACUAAGUAAUCCUAAAUAAGUGUGUAUCGAUUUAUAUAAUGUAUAAGUGAGAUAAUUAUUGCGUUAAUAUUUUAAUAAGAAGGAACGUCGAUUAAGGGGAGCAAAACCUCAUACACCUCAUUGAACGGUCUUUCGGACAACGUAUUUCACAUAGUGUAUGUGUGUGUGUGUGUGUGUGUGUGUGUGUGUGUGUGUGUGUGUGUAUG